GUCAAACCCCUAAUUUCGGCAAUGAAUGAAUUCGAGGUCUUCUAGACUUUUCCAUGGUCUCCCUAGUCAACGGGUGGGAUUUAUGAGAAGCUUCAUCACUUGUUUCUGCGUUGUUUAAUUCUAGACCCUUCCUCCCUCCGAAGUGGUCCGAACAGCCCAGAUUCAGCCUCCUCUUCCGCCUCCCUAUUUCUUCCUUCUUUCUCUCAGAUCUUUCAUCUCGCAUAUUCGCUUCCACGUAGCUUCUUCUUCCAUGGCUAGAUACGGCGAGGGAGACAAGCGCUGGAUCGUGGAGGAGAGGCUUGAUGGCACCAACGUUCACAAUUGGCACUGGGCCGAAACUGACUGUCUCGAAUGGUCUCGCAGCUUCUUUAACAAUCUCCUUUCCAACCUUGUCCUUCUUAACGGCGACGCCGAUUUGUUCAUCAAGACCAAGAAAGUCGACAGGCUCGAUGGUGAGGCGUACGUCAACAUUCGCAAGGGCAAAAUCAUUCCCGGUUACGAGAUCAGCCUCACCUUGUCUUGGGAAGGAGAAGCUAAAGAUUCCGAAGGCAAAUCCUUGCUCAAGGUCAAUGGUACAGUGGAGAUCCCUUAUAUAUCCGACGAGAAUGCAGAUGAAGACCCCGAGGUCAAGGUCACUGUCAAGGACGAAGGACCCAUCGGAAAGAGGCUGAAAGAGGCAAUGGUUUCCAAAGGGAAGCCUUUGAUUUUGGAGAAAGUUAAGGUUUGGGUACAGAGUAUGGCGAAAGGAGGACCUGUCCAAGACAGCCUGGAGAAGAAGAAAGUGGCGCCUCCGAAUAAUGCUUCAUCCCUCGCCGCGGCUCCGGCAAAGAAUGAGAACGCGGUGGAGAAUCAUGAAGUGAAGAAAGAAAGUAAGAAGGGGUGUAAAACAAUUAGCUUGACGGAGAGAUUGAACUGCAGGGCAAGCGAUUUGUAUGAGAUAUUGAUGGAUGAGAAUAGGUGGAAAGGUUUCACGCAGAGCAAUGCAAGGAUAAGUAAAGAAGUCGGUGGAGAGUUUAGCAUUUUUGAUGGGUCCGUGAAAGGAACUAAUGUGGAGUUGCAGGAAGCUAAAUUCAUUGUGCAAAAAUGGAGGUUUGAGAGCUGGCCGGAUGGUAUGCAGUCUCUGGUAAGACUUGUGUUUGAGGAGCCUGAACCGGGAGUGACAAUUAUCAAGCUGACACACACUGAUGUUCCAAUUGAAGAUAGAUAUGGCAACGCCACUGUGGUGGAGAACACUGAGAGAGGAUGGCGGGAUCUCAUUUUUCAAAGGAUAAAGACUGUCUUCGGCUUUGGAAUUUAGCAUUAUUCCAUUGUGUUUCUGUGUUCCUAUUAUUUUUUUUCCUUUUUUAAAGAUCAAGGAUUCUGCUCCAUUCAAUAAGGAGUGAAUGGAUUGGCAUGGGAUAUUGUGAACUACGAUAAUCCUGGUUAAUGCUGGUAGAGUCUAUGAAAAUUAUUUUCUUCUGCAAUGCAAACGGUCUCCUGUUUGGUUAA